AAACAUUACCUCGAGUGGGAGCCGGUCGACGAAACUUAUAAAAACAUGGCCGAUUUUUUGAAUGGAACCUUGUUAAUUUCGGAAGAUCCUGUCCAGCUGCCACUCAUAGGGAGUCCUUGGCCCUCGCUGACCAUUCUUUUCUUCUACCUACUCUUCGUACUGAAGCUGGGAAGAAUGUUCAUGGAGAACCGAAAGCCGUUUGAUCUCCGAGCAGUGAUCAAGGUCUACAAUAUCGUGCAGAUCCUUUACAACAUUGUGGUUCUUAUAAGCGGCCUUCACUUCUUGUUCGUCCUGAAGGCAUACGACUUAAGUUGCAUCUCCAGACUGCCGCUGGAUCACGAGUACAAAAACUGGGAGCGAUGGAUAACCUACUCGUACUUCUUCAACAAAUUCAUGGAUUUGCUGGAGACGGUCUUUUUUGUGCUGCGAAAGAAGAAUCGUCAGGUGUCCUUCCUGCACGUCUUUCACCAUCUGGUCAUGUCCUUCGGCGGAUACAUAUACAUUACGUACAGCGGCUAUGGCGGCACCUUGUUCCCGCUCUGCCUCCUGAACGUGGCCGUGCACGUGCUCAUGUACUCCUACUACUACCUCUCCUCCGUCAGCAGGGAUGUGCAGUCGAGUCGGUGGAAGAAGUACAUAACCAUUGUCCAGCUGCUCCAGUUCAUAUUGGUGCUCUCGAACUUCAGCUACACCCUGAUGCAGCCCAACUGCAAAGCCUCCCGUCCGGUGAUAUACUCGGGAAUGUUUGUUGCCUCGUCUUUUAUGGUGAUGUUCGGAAAUUUCUACGUCCAUACCUACGUACUGCCCGGCAAAAAGAAAGUCCAAUGAGUCCGAAAGUCCUUUAAUAAACAUGCAUUCUAAGAA